AUUCCUGAAGCUACUGACAUGGAUAUUGAUAUGGACGGUAUUGUAGAGAGCUUCAAUCGGAAAAGUAUCGGUCCGACAAACACGGGUGGUACUGUGACUGUGGAUGACAUUCUGGCGAAGCUGAAGUCUUAUGUUGUUGAUCGCGAGGAAAGAUUGAAUGCAAGGAGGUAUGAAGUUACGAAGAUUGAACAAACCAUCGAAGAGAAUAAGGAAACAAUGAAAAAGAUUGAAAGCGAUAUGCCCGCCUUGGCGAACAAAUAUACCAUGUACCAGGAACUACGUCUCUACUCGAGGAGCCUCUUAGAGUGCUUGAACGAGAAGGUGGCUGAAAUCAACGAACUUGGCGAUAAGCGACAAAAUCUAGCAAAGGCCAAAAUGGAACGAUUAGCUAGACGUCGUAGACGUGAUAUACGUGAUGCUUACAAUGACUGCGUUUCUGCUGCAGCGGGCAAGAAUCCUUCGCUGUUGAGAACGCCGGAUGUAAUGAUACGCGUAGCUGAAAGGGAUGCGAGAAGAGCGAGACGACGUAGAGAACGAGAGGGCACUCUUACUGGUAUUUCGCACGAAGAAGGACUUAGCAGCGAUGAUGACGAACCAACUAGCCAGCAACUUGCUGACCAGGAAGCAGCAACUGAGAUUGAUACGGCACUUCGCAUGGUAUUUGUCGACGCCUUGGACGAUUAUGCUCGAUUGAGGAAAGUGCUAGACAGGUGA